AUGUGGCAUGCAGUUGAAACGUCGAUUCAAACAGCCAAUAAAACUCAUCAAGUCGGUACCAGUUUUAAAAAAAAUGCCACACCGAGUCAUCCAAUAUCAAGACCAGCAUGUUCAGUGGCUGAAUUAAUGAAAAGAACCAAGUUCUCAAAAGAUCAAAUUCGUCAUCUAUAUCGAAGAUUCAAACAAGAUAGCCCAUCUGGACAAGUAAACAGAGAACAGUUUGCCAUAAUUUUUGCAACAUUAUUUCCAACUGGUGAAUCCUAUCGUUAUUCACUGUAUGUUUUCCAAAAUAUUGAUCGAUUAAAUACGAAUAUAAUACGCUUCGAAGAUAUGCUUGCAACAUUUUCUUUACUUGUAUAUGGUUCAAUGAAAGAUCGUCUUGGUUGGAUAUUUGAUUUGUAUGAUUUGAAUAAAGAUGGAAUUUUAACAAGACCGGAAUUAUUUCAAUUGAUCGCAUCAAUUUUUCAACUGAUUAUUCCUAUUCGUAAACUUGAUUAUAGGCCAACCCUGAAUACUAUCGAAGAGCGAACAGAUAGAUUAUUUCGUGCUUGGGAUGUUCAUGACAAAGGUUCCAUUAAUAAAGAAGAUUUUCUUCAAUAUUGUCUACAGAACGAAGCAAUCAUUCGCUCAAUGGAUAAACUUAAAUCAGAAAUAUGUUUAUAA